AUGAUCCCAAAGGGCUUUUCCAGCCUCAGCAAUCCUGGGAUUGUCUGGAUUUUCCUGCUGCAGGUGGAAAAUGUGAAGCUGCUGGAUCGCUACGCCAACAGGAAGGCAGCGAGCGGGACCCUGUACCUGACAGCCACACACCUGAUCUACGUGGAUGCCUCUGCUGAAGUCAGGAAGGAAACAUGGAUCCUGCACCACCACAUCUCCAGUGUGGAGAAGCUGCCCCUGACCACAGCUGGCUACCCCCUGCUCAUCCACUGCAAGAAUUUCCACGUGGCUCACUUUGUCAUUGGGCAGGAGAGGGACUGCCACGACGUGUUCACCUCCCUGCUCAAGCUCUCCCAGCCAGUGAAACCUGAAGAACUUUAUGCUUUCUCUUACAAUCCCAAAAUGUCCAAAGAGAGCCGGGAGAUGGGAUGGAAGCUGAUUGAUUUGAGACUGGAUUACCAACGUAUGGGAAUUCCCAACGACUCCUGGGAAAUAACAGAUAUUAAUAAAGACUAUGAGGUUUGCAGCACAUACCCUCCUGAGAUCGUGGUGCCUCGAGCUGCCAGCAGGGCCGUGGUGAUGGGAAGUUCAAGGUUCAGGAGCCGAGGGAGGAUUCCGGUGCUUUCUUACUUGUACAAGGAAAACAAUGCUGCCCUGUGUCGCUGCAGCCAGCCCCUGGCCGGGUUCAGUGCACGCUGCCUGGAGGACGAGCAGAUGCUCCAGGCCAUCCGAGAGGCCAACCCCGGCUGCCCCUUCAUGUAUGUUGUAGACACGAGGCCAAAGUUGAAUGCCAUGGCCAACAGAGCUGCUGGGAAGGGCUAUGAGAAUGAAGAUAAUUAUGAAAACAUUCGUUUUAAAUUCAUUGGCAUAGAGAACAUCCAUGUGAUGAGGAGCAGCCUGCAGAAACUGCUGGAAGUGUGUGAGAUGAAAUCUCCCUCCAUGAGCGAUUUCCUGACGGGGCUGGAGAACUCGGGCUGGUUACGGCACAUCAAGGCUGUCAUGGAUGCAGGUGUCUUCCUGGCCAAGGCUGUGAGGGAGGAGAGGGCCAGCGUGCUGGUGCACUGCUCCGACGGCUGGGACCGCACGGCCCAGGUGUGCUCCCUGGCCAGCCUCCUCCUGGACCCCUUCUACAGGACCUUCAAAGGCUUCAUGGUCCUGAUAGAAAAGGAGUGGAUUGCAAUGGGCCACAAGUUCUCACACAGGUGUGGCCACCUGGAUGGGGACCCCAAAGAGGUGUCCCCUGUGUUCACACAGUUUGUGGAGUGUGUGUGGCAGCUGAUGCAGCAGUUCCCCUGCUCCUUCGAGUUCAGCGAGCGCUUCCUGCUGGAGAUCCACGACCACGUGUACUCCUGCCAGUUUGGGAACUUCCUGGGCACCUGCCACAAGGACAGGGAGGAGCUCAGAAUCUUUGAGAAGACCCAUUCCCUGUGGCCUUUCCUCUUACAGAGGAAGCAGGAGUUGAGAAAUCCUUUGUACAAAGGAUUUACAGCUUACAAAGAGCUUCAACCAAACACUCUACCUUUCAGUUUCCAGUUCUGGUGUGGGAUGUACAACAGAUUUGACAAAGGCAUGCACCCCAAGCAGUGUGUGCUGGAUCAGCUGCUCAGCUGCACCAGCCAGAAGGUGACACUGGAGGACAAUGCAUCCCAGCUGGAAAACAAACUCCCUCUCCUCGACGGCCCCUUGCCCAGCAAAGGCUGCACCUCACCCAGGGCAGGAGCUGCUGCUGCCAAAGCCUCACCUGCUCCUCAGGACUGUGCAGGGGGAGCAGCCCCUGGGCUGAGCAAUGGCCCCUCCCUGGGCCACCAGAAGCACAAGGAGAGCCCAGCCCAGCCCCAGGAUCCCAGGGAGGAUGGGCAGGCUCAGCACCAGGGAUGAGCUCUGGGAGCUGCUGGGAGAAGCUCAGGGGAGCUGCUGCAGCCCCCAUUGGCAGCUGAGUGUGAGUAGGGGUGUGCAGGGCUCCUGGGGGGCACCUCAGAGCUGCCAGGAGCCUGCCUGGCAUUCCUGGCAGCUUGGCUUUCCGUGGGAACACGUGCAUUUCUGAGGGCUAGGGCUGCCUGCCAGCUCUGCUGCCUGAGGCUGGAAGAAAUCCUGCCAAUUCCAUGAGGAGCUGGGCAGUGAGUGCAGGAGGAAGGAUGCAAAUCCCUCUGUUCUCAGUGGUGGUUCAAGGUCAUCUUAAAACAAGAAAACAAUUGCAAUGUGUCUUCAAAUGAUAAACCCCCCCCCCCAACCUUUCUUAGCUGUGAAUGAAUCUGUGCAUGGACCCUUGCCUUGUAGCAGAAGUGAUUCAUGUUUUGUUUCCUAUGCAUAUUUGUUACACAAAACCAAACCCCUGUGCCUUCUCUGGGACUGUGUGUGUGUCCAGCCAGGCCACCCUGGUUUUGUGUUGGAGUUUGCAGUGUGGUGUUGGCUCCUGUCUGUGGUCAGUGUUUGUGAGGAGCUUUUCUUCUGCUGCAGCUUCUGCAGGGUUUUUGCUGUUCCCCCGAGUUCAGCAGCUUCUUUCCAAGCUGACCUCCAGAGGAACCAGCUUUCCUGGAUUUCCCUCAUUGAUGGGAGUGCAGCAAGCCCCAGAGACAGCCUGGAACACGUGGAUUUGUGACAAGAGGGAGGAUUGGAAAUGAGGAAAGGCAGGAAAACACUGAUGUGGAAUUUUUCUCUCUUACUUUAUGAUCUUGGUUGAACUGAAGCAAGAAAGUGACUCUGUUCCAAACUGGAAUCAUUGAUGAGACAGCAAUUACAGAUGGGAUUGAAAUGGGGCCUAAAAUGCUGAAAUCACUUGCUGAGUGAUUCUAGGGAAUGUUCAAAUUCCAG